GCCAUCAGUACUGUUGUCUACGCAGCCAUAUUGGUUGAUCUUUACUUCUAUCGUUGUGUCGGUGACAGUAAACAGUGUCAAAAUUCCUCUGUAUUCACCUGCAGCAAUGCCUUUGGCACUAAAUGCCGAUCCAUGGCGUCGCAUGGAACUUGCACAUGAGACUGAGGCUGGAAGCACAGAGGAUAUGCUAGUUGAUGACCAGGAGUCUGAAAAUGAGGUGGAAAUCACAAAUGUUUCAAAAAGUGGAGAAAAGGCUGAUCCUAGUCACUUUGAACUUCUCAAAGUUUUAGGGCAGGGUUCUUUUGGAAAGGUUUUUCUUGUAAGAAAGAUUACUUUACCAGAUGCUGGUACACUUUAUGCAAUGAAGGUAUUGAAGAAAGCUACACUCAAAGUUCGAGAUCGUCAACGAACAAAGAUGGAGAGAGAUAUUCUGGCUGAUGUCAAUCAUCCAUUUAUAGUUCGACUUCAUUAUGCAUUUCAAACAGAAGGCAAACUAUAUUUAAUUUUAGAAUUUCUUAGAGGAGGUGAUUUAUUUACAAGAUUAUCUAAAGAAGUUAUGUUCACAGAGGAGGAUGUCAAAUUUUAUUUAGCAGAAUUGGCAUUAGCUCUAGACCAUCUUCAUAGUUUGGGCAUUAUAUAUAGGGACCUUAAGCCUGAAAACAUUCUUCUUGACACUGAAGGGCAUAUAAAGUUAACUGACUUUGGUCUAAGUAAAGAAUCAAUUUUUGAAGAAAAUAAAACUUACUCUUUCUGUGGUACAGUGGAAUAUAUGGCUCCUGAAGUGGUAAAUAGAAAAGGGCAUGGAACUCCUGCUGACUGGUGGUCUUAUGGUGUUUUAAUGUUUGAAAUGUUGACUGGAGCACUUCCUUUUCAAGGUGCUAAUAGGAAGGAGACAAUGACUCAGAUUUUGAAAGCAAAGCUUGGCAUGCCACCAUUUUUGAGUGCCGAAGCUCAAAGUUUGUUAAGGGCAUUGUUCAAAAGAAACCCAGCUAACAGAUUAGGUUCAGCUCCUAACGGUAUGGAGGAAAUCAAGAAGCACCCAUUUUUCAGCACAAUAAACUGGGUGAAACUUUUCAAGCGAGAACUUCAACCCCCAUUCAAACCUGCUGUAGUCCAAACAGAUGAUGUGUUUUACUUUGAUAAAGAAUUCACAUCUAAAACACCCAAAGAUUCACCUGGCAUUCCCCCCAGUGCCACUGCACAUGAACUUUUCAGAGGAUUUAGUUUCAUAGCACCAGCUCUUUUAGAAUCUGAAAAUCCUACUCCACCCCCAGAUCAUGUUCUUGUCAACAACAACAAUCUGGCCAAGCUUCCUGGUGUAAAGACAAGUCUAUUUAGUGAUGAUUAUGAAUUAAAAGAGGAUAUUGGCAUUGGGUCUUAUUCAGUCUGCAAGCGCUGUAUUCACAAAGCCUCAGGAAAUAGUUUUGCUGUAAAGAUAAUGGACAAAGACAAAAGGGAUCCAUCUGAAGAAGUUGAAAUUUUGUUGCGAUUUGGUCGACAUCCUAAUGUGAUAACUCUUAGAGAUGUUUAUGACAAUGGAAACAAAGUAUAUUUAGUCACAGAACUAAUGAGAGGAGGGGAACUGUUAGAUAAAAUUUUGAGACAGAAGUUUUUCUCUGAGAGAGAGGCUAGUGCUGUGCUUCAAAUCGUCGCCAAGACAGUGGAUUAUUUACACUCAAAUGGGGUAGUUCACAGAGAUCUCAAGCCAUCGAAUAUCUUGUAUGCUGAUGACAGUGGGUCUCCUGAUAGUUUACGUAUAUGUGAUUUUGGCUUUGCGAAACAGUUGCGAGCAGAGAAUGGCUUGUUGAUGACCCCAUGCUAUACUGCUAAUUUUGUAGCCCCUGAAGUGUUGAAGCGCCAAGGAUAUGAUGCAUCCUGCGAUGUCUGGAGUCUUGGUGUUCUGUUGUAUACAAUGCUUGCUGGUCAUACUCCUUUUGCAAAUGGUCCAAAUGACACGCCAAAUGACAUCUUAGCAAGGAUUGGAGAGGGUAAAUUUUCUCUUGUUGGUGGAAACUGGGACUCUGUGUCACCUCAAGCCAAGGAACUUGUUAAGAGGAUGCUACACAUUGAUCCACACAGUCGAUUAACAGCUUCACAAGUGCUCAAUCACCCGUGGAUAUCUCAGAGAGACUCAUUGCCCCACCUCAGGCUAACUCUUCAGGAUGCACAGUUAGUUAAAGGAUCUGUAGCUGCAACAUUUAAGGCUCUUAAUUCACAGAAUUUCAAACAGGCUACUCUAGAACCUGUGGGUGCUUCCAGGCUAGCUCAACGACGUGGCAAACCUCGGCCCAAGAGCUCCACGGAGUUAUAACAUAGACUUCAACUAUUGAUAGUUACCCUUUUUUAAAUAUAGACCUCAGAGCUAAGCAACUCUUCAGAUUCACUCUUAAGUGAUGAAGUAUCUUAGCCCAAUGUUUGUGGCUGAUUUCUUUUGUUAACCAAUCCUUCAAUUUUGUUGACAUUUGAGGUAGCAAAUGGCUGAAUCAAACGCUUUUAGAAGUAUACACUUUAAUAUGCUCACUUUUACAAAUCAUUUUUUUUUCCCUUCAAAUCCUAAUUUCAUUAGGCGUCAUUAGUUGAUGUUCUAUAAACCUGAUUUCAUUCCUUAUGUUGGUUUUCUUAAGCAUUAGUUCCUUUUAAGUUGACGUUGUUUACAGUUUGUGUAAUGUUACUAGUGCUAGAAUGAUAACUCUGGCUAAUGGAUGCUAUGUAGGGAGAGCUUCCUUGCUCCAUCUGUUAUAUAGUGUUAAAUAUUUAUGAUCUUUCUUAAUAACACACAUUAGAAGAGUAGAUUAAGAAUACUUUUGUUUUUUAUCAAUUUAUUGAUAGAUUUUCCCACUACUCCACAACAUGCUUCUUAUAGUUGGAGAUAAGUUUCUUAAAAGAAUGGCAAAGAAAAAAAAAGAAAUUUUUUUUUUCCACCUUCAGUCCCAUUCAUGUGUUAUAAAUAUAUAUAUAUAUCAUUUUUUUUUGUUGGCUUCUUUGCCUUGUAAUAAUUGUAUGUGUUGCAAAGUCUUUUUUUUUCUUCUCAAAGGCUUGACUUGGCGCCAAAGCAUUGUAUUUGUGAUAAAUUAGAUCCAGUCAUAAAGCAUCUGCAUUUUUUUGUUUCUGUCAUGCUUAGAUCUGAUUAAUUUUACAGGCAUUGCUUUAGUGAUAUGAUUAAAUAGAAAUGCAUUAUAUAAAUCAGGCAGAUCAGUUCAUUUAUUUUCAAUUCAUUUUAUAAUGGAAAUUUGCCAGCCAAAAUGAACAAGAUGUUUUAGUUUUAGCUUUUAAAAAUAAAAUUGUGUAAUUGAUUUAUUCAAAUUGUCUUCUUGACCACUAACUGCUUCCUAAAUAUUGUCCUUUUUUGGGGGGGAUAAAUUUUGACCUUCACUUCUACAGUUGGGACAUCUAAGAUAGAAUUUAGCUGUAGAAGAGGAUUUAAAUCAAGUUGUGGAAUUUCAAUCACAUUUUUUUUUUUGUGUUCAGUCCACAAAAUAUGUCCAUAAUGAGGGUUGUCUGUGCAGUUUCAAACAUAAAUCUCUGCCCCACCCCCCUCAGCUAUUUGCUGUGAGUGGUCACUUAGCGAUGAAAGAUGAACCACUUUUUUUGCCAUUUUGUUGAUUACCUCGUGUGGUGCAAGAUCCAACAUUAGAAACUGAUAACAUCCUCAGUGUUAUAAAAUUGCUUUGAUGUCUUCAGACUUGCCAUAGCUGGAGAAAUCUUUGCAGAGCCUCUAUAUGUUCUAUACUAUUUACAGAUAGCAUAAGCUACACUUGAUUAUCAAAGAGAGCCAGAUGGACAAUUUACUUAAAUAACUAUGUGCAUAAUGCUUUCUUUAGUAACUCUUUAACUUAAAUCAUAUUUUCACACUUUGUUUUUUACAUAUUUUUUUUCCUUGUUUAUGUCAUGUAAUUACUUACACAUCUUUUUUUCCCCUAAUUGUGAUUAUACAUACAAUAUUCUAUUCUCAUAAUGUAAUUAAUUCUAUGUGCAUAGCCACCUCAUUACUGAGUACUUUACUCCACGAGUAGGUUUGACAUUUUUUUCAGUCUUUUGAAGUCUUCAGGCAUAUUUAGAGUGCUCAAUCUUUUCAUCAUGUGAAAUUAAUUAUAUUGCUUGCGAUUUAUACCAAUUUCUGAUAUGUUCUUUUUCUUUUUGCUAUUUUUUUUUUAAAUUUCCUUUGUUGCUGUUGUAUUUCAGUAUAAAUUCAGUCAUUUUCUCAACAUGAAAUAUUUUUGUUUAAAAGGGUAUCAGUGUUGUAUCCAGCCAAAGACUGAUUAGGUUUUUUUUUAAUAAUCUUAAUAAAAAUAUAAAUAUGUUCCUCGACGCAAAAAUAAUUCACAUGAUGUGAUUUAUAACAUUGUGUUAUCUAAUUAGAUAUGACUGCUUGUGAUUGGACAUUUCUUGUGAUUUCUUCAGCAUCACUAAUGCUGUUAUAUUCAAGCUAAAAAAAAAAAUAAUAUAUUCUUAUUUUAUUUUAUUUUUUUAAUCUUCAAAGAAUAUUACAAUUUCUUAGCGUGCCUUACCAUCAUUUUAUGUAUUAUGUAUUGGUGUAGCUCUGUAGCUCUUUCUUCUUUGCUGUUGCUGUUUGCUUUGAUGUCAUGAUUUUAUUGCAGUAUUUAUUUUUUGAAAUCUUUAUUAUUAUCUUAUUAAUAUAGUUCAAUACUUUUUUUUUAUUUAACAUCAUUUCAACAUGGUGCCAUGUGUUUGAUUCAGAUAAUUGAUAUGAUAUUGACUAAACCGAGCCCAUUUUUUUUAUAUUGUCACUUAAUAAAUUGGAUUAGUUAAUUGUCUUGCUUAGUGUUUCAUGCUUUGCAAUUGGAGUGAUGCCCAGCCAGACUGAUUUUAGAAUGUAUUAAGUCAAUUUUCAAAAUGACAAGCAAUGAAAAUGUUGACCAUAAAUUUAUAAAAAAGACAUUAUUAAUUUGUAAGGGAACCUUAAGGGCUGUGUAAAUAAUUUACUAAAUUUUGCUAAAGGUGCUUCUUAAGUCUUUAUGAGGUUUUUUUUUAGGCACAUACAAUUUUUUUUGUUUUUGUUGCUACAGAUUUGAUGUUAAUAUUUGUGUGAAAAGAUUAAAGAGUAUGUAAUGAAUCCAUUCAAAUUAUUUAUACUAUGAAUCAUGCACCAAAUACAUUCACUUCCUUAGUGUGAUACUAGAAGCUCUACUUAAUUGUGCCCCCCUGAUGUUCAUGUGUGCUUGAGUGGUGAACAUUUUAUGCUAGGUCUGUGUGCCCUCCAGAGAGGGGAUUUAUUUUUCAGCUGUGUUUGCAAUGGUCUACUGUCUAAAAGAAAAUACCAUCUUGUUAGAACCAAGAGAAUGAAAUUUCAUACAUUAAUUCCAACAUAAAGAUUUGGAUGAAGUUAUAUUAUAUAUAUAUGGAAAUUUAAAUUUUUUUUUUUUUUUGUUAAUUAAAACUUGAACAUAUUUCAUGUACUGUCAAUGGAAAGACUUAAUUUUAUUAUUGCUUCAUUUGUACAAUUGACUAAGGUGUCUUUAUAAAAUUGCAAAUAAUAACAACAUAUCAUUUGUAAUCAUUAUUUUUUUCUAGUUAUAUAUUGGAUUUUAUAAUUGGUUUCAGCAGGGUCAUUAGAUUUUGAAUGGUGCUGUUUGAUGUAUGAGAUAUGGAAGAUAAUCUACUUUUGACAACUGCUUUCUGCAGUCUAUGGUAAUAAUACGUGAUCAGCUUGAACUGGUGGUGCUUGAGUAUAUAAAAAUUUAUAUCUGCUUCAUUGCGUUGGAAUGUUUGGCUGUGUUUACAAAAAGAAUACAUGAGCCUGAAUGAUUUUGAAUAUCAUCGUUGGUCAUAUACAUUUGUUUCUUUUACAGAUGUAAUUUUUUUUUUUAUGCUUUAUUUAAACAUGUUAGUUUUUGUCUGUAUACUUAUUUCAAUAGAAACAUUAUAUUUUUUUGUUCAUACUUCUAAUGCACAUACUUGUGUUACAACCUGGCAAAAUAUGUGGUGAUCAAAUAAACAACUACAACCUAUAUAUUUAUAGAUAGAUAGAUAAAACAGCCCAUCGUCUUCCGGGUAGAAAGAAUGUAACCUCUUCAACAGGUUGUUUUACCCCUGAAAAAGUUGACCUUGUCAUUUCAUCGGAAUUCAGCUCAUUGGUUCAUACCAUUUUGUUCCCAAUGUAAAAAAACAAAGCGUACUAUCUUUUGUGAACAUUAGAUUAUGAAUGUAAAAUAGGGUGAUUUUGUUAAAAGCGUAAUCAAAAAUUGAAGAGGACAUAAAAGAGAGAGUAGCAAACAUUUAUUUCCCUUGUAUACUGUGUAAAAUAGUAGAGUCAUGUGAUUCCAUUACUUCAAUUCCAUUGACUGUACAUGGGCUAUGCAAAAAGAGAUGGUUGGGGGUGGGGGAGGGGAGGAAUGUUGAAAAAUAAAUUUAACUAGCAUUUCAUAUUUAUUUGUUAUAUUAUUUUUUAAGUUGUACAGUUUGUGUUCAUUAUCAAUAUCAAAGGAUUUUUUUUUUUGUUGUUGGAAAGAUAAAUUAGUUCACUUCACUCUAAAGUAAGGCAUGUUGAGUAGUAGCCAGAUUUUGUUUAUCUUAGAAGUCAUACAGACUGUGGCUUCCAAUCUUUGUUUCAUUUUAUUUGUUGAUUUGUCUCUUUAAAAAUUGAAUUAGAAAUUUGUUUUGUUUUGUUUUUCUCCUGAUUUACAGUUGUUGUUUUUUUUUUGACAAGUGUGCAUAUGAAUAAACUUAGAUUUAGUCUUUUAAUGGUAAAGCUGUGUUGCUCCUGCAACCAAAUGAAAUGACUCAGCAUAUCCUUGAAUGACCAUUUAUAUAUAUAUAAAUAUAAUAUGCAUACAUAAUACUUUGUCUGUGGCUACCUAGUGAGCAUUGUUGGACAAGUUGUUUCUUGGCAUUGUACAUAACAGAUCUCUGUAUAGUGUUCAACAUUGACGCUACUUCUUCCCACCCACCUCCUUUUUUUUUUUCUAAACUCACGUUGUAAACAGUAAACACAGACUUUAGGAUUAUGUCAUUGAAAAGAUGAAACUUAAGCCCUUGAAAAUUGGAAGAUGAUAUGGCCAUGGAGAGAUUUAUACAUCACACAUUAUAAUAUAUAUAUAAUCUAUAAUAAUAACAAUUUACCAUCCAA